UAUAUCGACCUUGACCUCGUACACAUCUGAAGGUCAUCUGUUCGCUCAUUUUAUACGGGAAUCUCAAUGACGAUGUUAAAAAUCGAUGGAUGAUACAUGAAUGAAUUUUAAGUAAAUCCUAACACAUCAUUAUGAGGAACAGAAGUAACUCCGGCAUACGCUUAGAUUAUUACCAGAGACUUGUUAACAAGAGUAUUUUGAAGUAUCAGAACCCAGCAACUGGACUGUUAUCGGCCAGUGAAAGCAGCAGCCAUGCAUGGGUGAGAGACAAUGUGUACUCCAUCAUGGCGGUGUGGGGCCUGGCCCUCGCCUACAGGAAGGCAGCCGACUUGGAUGAAGACAGAUCCAAGGCUUACGAGCUGGAACAGUCGGUGGUGAAGAACAUGCGGGGGCUGCUACGGUGCAUGAUGAUGCAGGUUGACAAGCUGGAGAGGUUUAAGAAGACACAGAACCCCAAGGAUUCUCUCCACGCCAAGUUCUGCAGCAAGACUGGUAAGGCUGUUGUUGGUGACCACGAAUGGGGCCAUCUCCAGCUGGACGCAACAUCGCUGUUCCUGCUUACACUGGCUCAGAUGACAGCAACAGGCUUGCAGAUAGUCUACACGCUGGACGAGGUGGCGUUCAUUCAGAACCUCGUCUUCUACAUAGAGACAGCGUACCGCACACCAGAUUAUGGUAUCUGGGAGAGAGGAGACAAGACCAAUCACGGCCUUCCAGAACUCAACUCCAGUUCCAUCGGCAUGACCAAGGCUGCAUUGGAUGCCAUCAAUGAGUUGGAUCUGUUUGGCGCCCGCGGUGGUCCGUCCUCCAUCAUCCAUGUCCUCCCAGAUGAAGCUCAGCAAUGUCAGGCCAUUCUUCACUCCAUGAUGCCAAGGGAGUCUUCAUCCAAGGAGAUUGAUGCUGGACUGCUGACUGUGAUCGGAUAUCCUGCCUUCGCUGUGGACGAUGUGGAGCUGAUUGACCACACGCGACGCACAAUUCAAGAGAAACUGGAGGGAAGAUAUGGAUGCAGCCGCUUCCUCAGGGAUGGCUACAAGACAGCUAAAGAGAACCCCAACAGGCUCCACUAUGAACCCUGGGAGCUGCGAGUGUUUGAGAACAUCGAGUGUCAGUGGCCCAUAUUCUUUGCUUUCUUCAUCCUCGACGGGCUCUUCAACAACGACAAACAAAGGGUAGAAAAGUACCGUCAGCGUCUGGACGAUGUGAUGAUGAAGACGGAAGAUGGCGUACCCAUCAUGCCUGAGUUGUACUACGUCCCUGGAGACAAGGUUGAUGAAGAAUACAAGAAACCCAACAGCCAGAAGCGUCUCUCCGGGGGCAAGAUCCCCCAGAUGUGGGGACAGUCGAUGUACAUCCUGGGCCGACUCAUCUACGAGGGUUUUCUGUCACCUGGUGAACUUGACCCACUCAACAGAAGACUAGUGUCGGACACCAAGCCAGAUAUUGUUGUUCAAGUUGUGAUCCUGUGUGAAGACACUGUGGUUCAGGACAAGCUGUCCCAGCAAGGCAUCGAACUGGAGACGAUGAAAGACGUGGCCCCCAUCCAGGUCUACCCCGCUAGGGUGCUCAGCCAGAUAUACUCCCUGCUGGGAAAGAAUAACCGCCUUGGUUUGACUGGGCGGCCCUCCAGUGAAAUUGGUCUCCUAGCAACCAGUAAACUCUACAUGCUGCAGGACCAGAUUCUAGCGUUCAUUCCUCAAUUUAUGGACGAGCAGCGCUUCUACGUGGCUCAGGACACUAGCUUCAUGUUGGAUUUCCUCCGUACUGAGAUAGCCUACCUCAAGAGCAGCUGGAACUCCCUGGGCAGACCCACCAUCACAAUCUCUAUCUCUCACACACUUCUUGACACCUUCAACGCCCCGACGUCUGCCCUGACGGCCACCAUCAAGAAGCUGCAGACAGGCUACAUCCACGGCACAAGAGUGCAUCUUGGCAAGUUGUCCGACUUCCUCACCACAUCGUGUGUCACCAAGCUCAGUUUCGUCCGGGACCUGGACGACCCAAACCAAUGUGAGGCCACAGUGAUGCAGUUCAUCGGUAACAUCAUGAGCCCUACCUGUCCACGACCUCACCUUCUGUCCCGCACCCGCAAAGGUCGUGUGCGCAAGAUACAGAGGUCACAGUCAGUUCAUGGUAUUGUACGAAGGUCAAGGUCAAUUCAGAUUGACCCAGAUCAAGUACCAGAAAUCCAUGCCCAGUUGGAAAGUUUACAGCCCAAAGUCAGUAGCCCUAGUACAGUGAGUCCAGUAAAUGAUGAAGUGGGCAGUCGUAGUGUCAAUAGUAGCGUGUCCACGAGUCCUACCUCCUCCUGCAAUGAAGAUCUUGAGUUCCGUAACCUUCACAUGCACCUGAAGGAGUCGAGGGAGAGCCUCCACGCACCCCCUAGCAGCAGCCCCCUCGGCAGCCCCCAGGCCUCCCCCACGGGUCACCGGAAACGUCUUGUGGACACCCAAGAGGAAAUCAACAUCACUGAGCUGGUGGACACACUGUCCCAAACUGAGAACCUGCAGGAGCAAGCUGACAUCAUACACUACCUGUACAUACAGAAAGGCCCUGACUAUGAUACCAAGAUCGGCGAGGACACAUGCACUGUCAAGCAGCUGCUUACAGAGUUGUAUGAGAAGGCGGGACACUGGAAGCAGUGGUGGCUGGUCCGACACACAGCUGGGAUGCUGAGGAAGAGAGUGGAGGACUUGGCCCUGGCUGCCACAGACUUGUUGGUGAGACAGAAACAGCUGUCCGUGGGCAUGCCCCCCGACAGGGAGAAGAUCAUCACCAGUCCACUUCCCCCAGAGGAGCUGGCCUCCAUCAUAUUUGAUGCCUGUGGAGAGGACACCAGCACUGCUUCACUUACUCAGGAGCUGCUAAUCUAUCUGGCAAUGUUUAUCAGGACAGAGCCAAAACUGCUCCACGAGAUGCUGCGUCUUCGUGUCGGCCUCAUCAUACAGGUGAUGGCCAUGGAACUGUCUCGAACACUUCAGUGUACAGGGGAAGAGGCCUCAGACUAUCUGUUGAAUCUCAGUCCCUUUGAGAUGAAAACUCUACUGCAUCACAUUCUCAGUGGCAAGGAGUUUGUCAUCAGCAAAGUCCUCCACGACCAUGAAGACGAGAAACGACUCACCGUCAAAUCUAAACAAACACGAGAGGAAACAAAGUCAUUUGCUCGUCUCAGUCAAAAAAAGAUUGUCAGCCAGAGUGAUCUCCCCUUGAUAAGCACCGCAGAGGAAGAUGCAGAUGACAGUUCCUCUGACCGACAGGGCCAAUGGAUGAGGCGUAGACGACUGGAUGGGUCACUCAACCGUGUCCCUCUAGAGUUCUAUCCUAGGCUGUGGACAGUGCUAGAGAGGUGCCAGGGACUGUCCAUCAAUGGACAUAUGUUGCUUGGCAGCUUGACACAAGAGAUGACCCCGCGGGAGUUCAAGUUUGCUCUGCAGGUGGAGAAGGUGUUGAACCUGAUCCCGCAGCCUGAGUAUCGCCAGCUGAUGGUGGAGGCGCUCAUGGUCCUCAUCCUGCUGGUGGAGAAUGAUGGACACCACAUCAACAUGAAGUAUGUCAUUGAGGUGCACAAGCUUGUGGAGGAUGCCAAUAGACUCUUCAUCAAAGAUCAGAAAAUGCCUCCCGCGAUGGUGCAGUCCAGUAUGGGAGCAGCCGGAAUCUGCCAGCAUCUGUAUGAUAGCGCCCCGAGUGGACGCUUCGGUUCCAUGGCCUAUUUGUGUCGCGCUCUCGCCAACACCAUGAAUCUGCCUGUCAAGAGCAACGAGGAUCUGGAAUGUGCAAUUAGCUAAAGAGGAAGGGGUCUUGACUCCUUUGAAAUGGAACGAGCCAUUCUGUGGGUUUAUGUCUGUAGGGUACAAUGAGAACAUCUGGAAUAUGUUAUUUGUCAGACAAAGGUGACAGUCAGUGUUGACACGACUGAGAUGGAACAGUCCAUUCUGUGGCAAUAUGUCUUUGAGGUAUAAUGAAAACACCUGGGCUAUGUCACUUGUCAGACAAGGGGUCAGUCAGUAUUGACACACUUGUGAUGGAAUGUUCCAUGUUGUAGGAAUGCAUUGAGGUGUGUUGGGAAACACCUGGAAUAUACCAUUAUUCCAACAAAGUGGGCAAUAAGUGUUGACACCCCUAUAAUGGAAGGUUCCAUUUUGUGGGAACAGGAUAGAGGUAUGUUGAGAAACACCUGGAAUAUACCACCAGCUAGAGAAGAGGGUGGAAUAUUCUAUCGUGUGGUGAAUGAACAAAACCAGAGUGACAAAUGGUGAACUUGGUGUGUGCCUAAUGUACUAGAGGAAGCCAUGUCUCUGUCAGGGCAUACCGUGUGACGUGUGGUACACACUUUCUUAUGACUUUAUUGGUAUCAAGACAACACACGGGGGUGAAGGAGUUGAUGAAUUAUGAGAGUUCAUUAUCGUCUCUACAUCAUCUCACCAUUUGAUCAUUCUUAAUACCACGUUUUCUCUUUCCUCAACAGGGGCAGUCGGGUAGCCUAGUGGUUAAAGCAUUCGCUUGUCACGCUGAAGACCCAGGUUCGAUUCCCAACAUGGGUACAAUGUGUGAAGCCCAUUUCUGGUGUCCCCCGCCGUGAUAUUGCUGGAAUAUUGCUAAAAGCGGCGUAAAACCAUACUCACUCACUCACUCACUUUCCUCAACACCGGGGGCCCAUUCCACAAAGCGAUCUCAGCACUAUAAUUACCAGUAUAGUAAGCCUAUAUUAAAGUAUGGGAGUUAAGAUCGUCUUUGCACUACGAUUGCUUUGUGGAACGGGGCCCUGUUAUUUAUCUAGGAUUCCAAACUUGAUAGCAAAUGCCCUUGGGAUUUUUUAUUAGAAGUUUUUGUUUUCUAAAAACAAGUUUUUAAUACAGUAUUUUACAUUGCAUUGAAUGCACUUAUGUAUACCUAUGUAUUUAUACUUCUUCUUCGUGAUCAGUUAUCGUGAAAUACACAUCUUUGACUACAAAGCAGCAAGAGUUCUAACUACCAGUAUGUAUAAACAUAAUGAAUUGGGGAAUGUUUUAAUUCCAGUGAAGAAAUUUUGGUGACAUCCGUUGCAGACAGGGUGAUGAAUAUCAGUCUCUGAGCAAGUCUAGAUAAAUCCCUGAACACAAAGUCAAAAUAGAUGCCAGGUCCCAUUCCAAAAGGUUUGAUGCUCAUGAUGUCAAUCACUGGAUUGUCUGAUCCAGACUCCAUUAUUUACAGACUGCCAUCAUAUAGCUGGAAUAUUGCCCAGUGUGGCAUUAAACAACCAACAAAAACAUAUAACCAAACUUGACUUCUGUAUAGAUUGCUGAAGCUAAGAUAUUCCAUAUUUUAUCUUAGCGUGUGACUUAGCAAUAGCAGUACUUAAACUUCCGGGCAAAAGAAAGUAUAAAGUAGAAAUGGGAUUUGACCAAACAAUUACAAAAGUUCUCCAGACGUUACUACCCAGAAUCAGUCAUCAAAACACUCCAAAACAGGAUACUCGUAUCAAAUACAUCACCAUUAAAUAACCACUUCUUGUUUCAAUUUUAGCCAUCAUCAAACAACAGUGUAUUCUAUUUUUGCCCAGAAGUUUCUAUCGUUUAGAAAAUUGGUUGUUAUAUGUUGUUUCUGUUUGGUCAAGCAGUACUUUAAAGAUCAUGUUGUUUUAAUCUGAAGUACAAGAUGAGGAGUUUCACUCUUGACACUUAAGAAAAUUUGACCCUGAUUAUGAUGAAAUUACAGUUCGGGAUUGUGUCGAUGUAUUCUUACAUUUCUACAUUUCUGUUCCAACAAAAUCUGUCCUGGAGUUUGAAAGCCCAACACUGUUUCUUGGGAGACCAUUGGCUUGGGGCUUGUCAGUCUGUUGUUUAAAGGUUUGAAUAUAGAAAACCAAGUUGUUCUGUACGUGAGAUAGUGUUCCACACUGUGUUACAAGGAGAGGUUUUCACCAGUUUAUGCAUCCAAUAUAACCAAAUAUUAGAUGCACAUAAUUUUGAUAAUCUGCUGUGAAGUAUGUCAUGUUGUCAUUCAUGUCGUACCUUCGCAACAUGCGACACAGGUUCAGAAACUAGAGCUUGCCAGGCCUCACCUUGUCAUAGGGACCCGUGAAGAUAGAAAUACAUAUGAAGAUUCAGGGGUAGAUUUUGUCUUCAGCAACCCAUACUUGCCGUAAAAGGCGAAUAUGCUUGUCGUAAGAGGCAACUAACGGGAUCGGGUGGUCAGACUCGCUGACUUGGUUAAAGCAAGUCAUCGAUCCCAAUUGCGUGUAUCGAUGCUCAUGAUAUCAAUCAUUGGAUUGUCUGGUCCAGACUUGAUUAUUUACAGACCGACGUCAUAUAUUGCUGAGUGCGGUGUUAAAAAACAAACCAACCAACCAGCCAGCCAACCUUUUAAUAGGGGAAUGUUGUGUGAGGACUCUUAGAAUAAAUUUGUCUGUUUAUAUUUCUGUCCCUGACUCCGGUACAUUGUCUGCCGAUAUCUAAGUCUCAGCUCAGGAGAUAAAUAUUGAAUCUUGUAUAUAUUGAUAUAGAUAUAGAUUUGAUUGUUCACAAAGUUAUUUGAAACCGAGGUUUGACGUUAGAUAGUUGAAGUGUGAGGUGUGUAAAGUACAUCAGUGUGAAAACAUUACUGAAUAAUACCAGUAUUUGAAGGUGUUUCCUGAUCAGAGUGGACUGUCAAGUAGUAUAACUGCUCCACUUUGUUCUCACAUUUGUAGAAAUAGUUGAGUCUGUCCAUGAUAAUCCAAUCAUGAAUCCCUGGGCCAUCCAGCAAAUCCUCUCCUUGUGUUCACAGUUAUCAUGAAAUUGUCUAAGUGUGUAGAGUUUGUUGUUUGACGGUUAACUCAAGUCACUGAAUGCAAAUCUAUUAUUGCAGUUGUAUCAUGUGUGCAAUGAUAUACCCUAUUCGACGUAAUAAGCGCCCAGGGGGCUCUUAUUAGAAUGUUAUUUUGGUGAAAAAAACAGUUGAAAGAUAAAUUUCGUGGUUUAUGCGGUCAGCCUGAAAUGUUUAUGUACGACAGAUAUAUUUUUCCAGAAUUUAAUUGCCCAUAAUUAAGGUUGCAUAUAACACACGAGUGUGUAUUAUGCCAAUAAAUAAGUCUUGUGUACAUUGAUCAAUCCGAAGGGGUGCUAAUUGGGAUUGUUCACAAGCCAAUAUAUUAGCAAAUAUCACCGAGGGCGCUUAUUAUGUCGAAUAUGGUACUCACUCUCUCAUUAUAAUUUGUUUCAGAAUGUUUUUGUUUUAAAUACGAAUACGGUAUUUGUUCUCAAGAACUUUGCUGCAGUUUUUGGGUUUUAAGGGGCUGUGUAUUUGAGGUUGAAUGUUCCUACUAGUAUAUGUGUUAUUGGUUCAACUUUCAGUGAACAUGCAUGCAGGGCCCCGAAAUUCUUAACCAUGAUGUUGAUUUCCUGACUUUUAUUUUGUAAAAAUAUUUCUAAUGCUUGUCUGUGAUAAAUCAUUGUGUUCACCCAAUAAAUGCCUGUACAAAUUG